GAAGAAAAGUGGCUGAAUUGUCUGGUUCUUCGAAAUCGAACGAGAAAAUCGAUCCUUGUCCAUUUAACCGCCCUCUUCGUUUUUUCUUUGCCCGAACCAACCCUUCUCUCGAGAUCUCAUCCACAAGACCGCUCACCGAUGAGCUUCCACGAGAGCAGCGGCGGCGAGGAGGUUGGCCGGACCUCCUCCGACCUCCGCAAACCCUUUCUUCAUACCGGGAGUUGGUACCGGAUGGGCGGUAUGGGCUCUCGCCAGUCAAGCUUGAUGGAUAAGCUCGGCUCCUCCGCCUCCGUCAUCAGAGACUCUUCCGUCUCCGUCGUGCUCUGCACUCUCAUCGUCGCCCUUGGCCCUAUUCAAUUUGGAUUCACCGGUGGCUACUCGUCCCCCACACAGGAUGAUAUCAUCCGUGAUCUCGAUCUCACGCUCUCUGAGUUCUCGCUUUUUGGGUCGUUGUCGAAUGUUGGGGCCAUGGUGGGAGCGAUCGCCAGCGGGCAGAUAGCGGAGUACAUUGGGCGGAAAGGGUCUUUGAUGAUCGCCUCUAUUCCAAACAUUAUUGGCUGGCUUGCGAUAUCCUUUGCAAAAGACUCUUCGUUUUUGUAUAUGGGACGGUUGCUGGAAGGAUUCGGUGUGGGCGUGAUCUCUUAUACGGUCCCUGUGUACAUAGCAGAGAUUGCUCCUCAAAAUAUGAGGGGAGCACUUGGUUCUGUGAAUCAGCUUUCUGUGACAAUUGGAAUAUUGCUUUCUUAUCUCUUGGGCUUGUUUGUGCAAUGGAGAGUGCUUGCUGUUCUAGGGAUUUUGCCGUGCACAAUUCUGAUACCUGGCCUCUUCUUUAUCCCAGAAUCACCAAGGUGGCUGGCUAAAAUGGGUAUGACGGAGGACUUUGAAACUUCCUUGCAAGUUUUGAGGGGUUUUGAUACUGAUAUUACAGUAGAAGUGAACGAGAUUAAGAGAUCACUGGCAUCAUCCAGUAGAAGGACUACUAUUAGGUUCUCAGACCUUAAACAGAGAAGAUAUAAACUCCCUCUUAUGAUAGGAAUUGGUUUACUUGUGUUACAACAGUUAAGUGGGAUCAAUGGCAUUUUAUUUUAUGCAAGCAGUAUUUUCAAAACUGCUGGGAUAUCAUCAAGUAACAUGGCCACAGUUGGUGUGGGAGUUAUUCAGAUCAUAGCCACUGGCGUAACAACUUGGUUGCUUGAUCGAGCUGGACGUCGACUUCUCCUUAUAAUUUCAUCGGCUGGAAUGACAGGGAGCCUUCUUCUUGUCUCAGUCUCAUUUUUUCUGAAGGGUAUUAUUUCUGAAGAUUCCAAAUUCUAUGGUACUCUAAGCAUUGUUCCAGCUGUUGGUCUUGUGGCUUUUGUCAUUGCCUUCUCUCUCGGAUUAGGAGCGAUUCCAUGGCUUAUAAUGUCUGAGAUACUUCCUCCAAACAUUAAGGGCCUUGCUGGUAGUGUGGCAACUCUAGCCAAUUGGUUUACAUCAUGGGGAAUCACAAUGACUGCAAACCUGCUUUUGAGCUGGAGCAGUGGAGGAACUUUCGCCAUUUAUACAGUUGUGAGUGCUUUCACUCUAGUAUUUGUGAUCAUAUGGGUGCCUGAGACCAAGGGAAGAACCCUAGAGGAAAUCCAAUGGUCCUUCAGAUGAGUUGUCUUUGAAAUCAAUCUUUUUCAACUUAAACGCACGACCACGAUGAUCAGGCUGACUGAUAUGAGAUCAUAUCAUCAAUUGGGAGUGUGAUUUAAGCAGAUAACUUAUGAAGCUUCAUGGUUUCUUGUUGUGUCAUUUCACCUGUUAUUAUAAUUGUAUGUAUUCUUUUUGUAUUCAUAAAUGCUAUUUGACCAUUCUCUAUUGCUAUAAGUAAUUAUCAAAACUAUUGUAAAAUUUGUUUGAACAGGAUCCUGAGGAGUCUUGGUAAUAAUUUUUUUUAUUCAA